GUUUGUUUCUAUAACUCCACCUGCUCAAACAUAAUGUCAUCCCAGCGUUUUUACACCGGUGACGAACAGGGUCUUAUCAAGGUCAUUACUAUCACUGAACCACAAGUAGUAAAGGUCAAGCGAGUCAAAAGGAACCAACCCACCCCUGAAGCUCCCCCAAAACCCAUCCCUACAAUCAUAACCUGGGGCUCUCCUGAUAGAGAGAAAGCGAUUCAGCUCCUUUGCUGGGACCAUGGCAAGAAAUAUCUGGCUGUUGCUCGCAAGAAUGGCCUUGUUCAAUUGGUCGAUCCUUUGAACAAUGGUUCCUCGGUCUAUGAAUUCAAACUACCUUUAGAGAAGCAGGACAAAGUCGAUACCAUCUUUGUAGGCUUAUUCGCUAAUACAGAACAUAUCAUCACAUGCACUAAUACUGGAGUACUCACAGUCCAAUCAAUCCACAAUGUCUCACAGCAACGGACUUUUAGUAUAGGCAAAGACAUCUGCAGGAUGAGAGUCCACCCUAAAGAACACCACGUUGUAGCUACAGCAGGAAAGGAGCAGGAACUCACUUUAUGGGAUCUAAAUGAGCUGUCCAAUGACUCAUCUGAAAACUCUACACCCGCUUCGAAGGAAAAGAAGACCAAACAAAUAAAUGGGUCGUCAAUAUCAUCAGGAAAAGGUUCCAAAAAGGAUGCGCCGUCAGAGACUCGCUACAAAUCCAAAGAAACCCUUGCCAAUGGCCAGCUAUUCAAGGCCAAGAAUGUCAAGAAUGAUCAUCUCGAUCUCCGUGUCCCUAUCUGGAACACAGACUUUCAGUUCUUGAGCCCGAUUAAUAUAUCACGCAUUGCUGUCGGAACCAGGUAUCACCAAAUCCGUGUUUAUGAUACUAAGAGUGGAGCUAGACGACCCGUUGUCGAUGUGGAAAUUGGAUCGAUGCCUGUAGUUGCCAUGGCCAAUGGUCCGAAUGCGAAUGAGAUUGUCUUUUCUGAUACAGAAGCAAAUGUCUAUUCUGUGAAUACAGUCAAUGGCGAAAUCCUUGGACAAUUCAAGGGUUUUACAGGAGUUGCUACAGCAUUGGCAACGUUUGUACCAUUCGGGGGUGAAUCCGAUGUUUCACAUUUGGUGAGCGUUGCUAUGGAUCGCUGCUUGCGUGUACACGAUUUAAGCAAGACUAGAAAACUGCUGCAUAAAGUAUAUCUAAAACAACGCAUGACUGCCGUAGUUGUUGGAGAGUUUACCCCUGCAGAGCCAUCAGAAGAGGAGGAGGAUAAUUAUAACAGGAGUACCAAGAAGAGCAAGGAUAUUAAAGGCGAAGAGGGUGAUGAGGACGACGAGGACAUUUGGGAGAGUAUGGGCAAACUUAAGGAGAAGAAGACGGUCAAGAAGAGGAAGAACAUUCAAUAGAAUUAAAGCAUUGC